AACUCCGUCGGUAAACUUGAGAACGAUGAGAGCAAUUUUUGCCUUGGUUUUUAUUUUUGCAGUGGUGUCCGCCUUGCCAAAGAGAAAAGAGGGAUGUGCGGUAGUUACCUCAACAACCACCACUCCAAGACCAACGACAACCCUAAAACCGGAAGACGUGGCUUGUGAUCUUGAAACUCCUUUGGUUCGAAACAGCAAUGCCGUAGACUGCAGUAUUUCAGGGAAGAAUUUGACUUUGACAACCAUGAAAAGUGGAGUGUUCCACUUUAAUACAAGUGUUUGGAUGACAUGGUGUGAGGCUUACAAUUUUUGCAAGGCCAACGACAUGCAACUGGCACACCUUUACAACAGGACAAUGCUGCGCGAUGUGUUUGACAAUUAUUCACGUGCUUUCCACUCUUGGAUUGGGUCCUCUGACAAAGGACGUGCGGCCGGCGACUUCAGAUGGACGAGUGGCGAAUUGGUGGAUCCUGCUUUGUGGCUCUUUGGAUAUCUCCCUGACACUGUCAACUGCGGAGCUCUUUGUGCACCAAGCGACUUGCAUCCUUUCAACUGUAUGGAUCGGAAAGGCCUCAUCUGCCAGGUGCCACCGCACUGCUUUUAAACUAAAUGAUAUUAAUGUUGGUUCUGUUUUAAGCGUCAGAAAAUGCAAAUUUUGCCAUUUAUUUAAGAACUUGAUAGAUCUUUGUGAAACGCUUUGAACGGUUUUUAGAAAACUAUUUUUGAACAAAAUUUUAUACAGUUAUUGACGUAAAAGCUUGUUUGGCUGCCGUUUGAAUACUUUCAUCCAAAAAUACUAUUGUAAAAAAAAACCUUUGAGGAAAUUCUUAAAAGUCUAUGAAGGAUCAUCAUUGUACAUAUCUUUUUAUUUUUCAAAUCCGUGAGCAAUAAUUAGUUUCACAUGUUUGACUGAACUUUUUUCCCGAUAAUUUUUUAAAGUUGCUUGAGAAAUUUGAUCUUUUAUGAUACAUCUAUUUAACUUAAGUCAU